UUCAUACUAGACUGCAGCGUAGUAGCUUGGUCUGAGAAAACAUGGCGCAAAACACGGCAAUCCAUGGUCGUGUUAACUCCCUGAAUUUGGAAGCUGGAAGGGUUUCUUUCGCCCCAAGCAAUCACCAUGGCUCGUCUAGGGAGAACUGGCAGAGAACGCUGCAUUUGGCGUUUCAGUGCAUCGGAGUGAUAUACGGCGACAUCGGGACUUCCCCGUUGUACGUGUACGCCAGCACGUUCACAAAGAUCGACAACAAAAACGACAUCCUCGGAGUUCUGUCCCUCAUCAUCUACACCAUCAUCCUCGUACCUAUGCUCAAGUACGUCUUCAUCGUCUUGUGGGCAAAUGACAACGGCGACGGUGGAACGUUUGCGCUGUAUUCUGUGAUGUGUCGGCACACUGGGGUGAGCCUGCGGCCGAACGAGGAGGCGGAGGAUAGAGAGCUGUCAAACUAUCGGCUGGAGACGCCUUCGAAUGAGCUGAGACGGGCGCAGAUGAUAAAGCAGAAACUGGAGUCGAGUAUGGUUGCCAAAACUGUGUUGUUCCUAGUCACCAUCCUUGGAACUUCCAUGGUUAUCGGUGAUGGAGUUCUCACUCCUUGCAUCUCAGUUCUUUCGGCAGUGAGCGGGAUCAAAGCCUUGGGUGAAGAGACUGUGAUGUGGGUUUCGAUUGCGAUAUUGGUGCUGCUAUUUAGUGUGCAGCGAUUUGGGACAGACAAAGUGGGAUAUGCGUUUGCACCGGGGUUGUGUGUGUGGUUUUCCUUCAUAAUUGGGACCGGUCUGUACAACGUUUUCAAGCACGACAUCACCGUCCUGCGUGCUUUCAAUCCCAAGUACAUAGUUGAUUAUUUCCGCAAAAAUGGUAAAGAAGCGUGGGUUUCACUUGGCGGAGCUAUUUUGUGCAUCACUGGGUCGGAAGCCAUGUUUGCUGAUUUGGGCCACUUUAAUGUUCGAGCUAUUCAGAUUAGUUUCUCGGGAGUUGUUUUUCCUGCCAUUCUAACAGCAUAUUGUGGCCAAGCUGCAUACCUCACCAAGCAUCCUGACCAAGUCGCCAAUUCGUUUUAUGCCUCAAUCCCUGAUCCGCUGUAUUGGCCGAUGUUUGUUGUUGCUGUCGCGGCUGCCAUUAUAGCCAGUCAAGCUCUAAUAUCUGGAGCAUUUGCCAUCAUCUCUCAAUCUUUAAGCUUAGGAUGUUUUCCAAGAGUGAAGGUGAUUCACACUUCUGCUAAGUAUGAAGGUCAAGUCUACAUCCCAGAGGUGAAUUGGAUCCUCAUGAUCUUAUGCGUCGUCGUCACUUACUGCUUCAAAAAUACAAUACAGAUAGGAAAUGCUUAUGGGAUUGCUGUGAUGAAUGUGCAGGUGAUCACCACUUGUAUGGUGACUCUGAUAAUGUUAGUAAUAUGGAAGACAAACAUAUGGUUGGUGGCAUUGUUCUUCUUGGUGUUCAUAGCCAUUGAUGGCCUAUAUCUUUCGGCGGCUUUGUACAAAUUCAUGCAAGGCGGGUACCUGCCGCUGUUAUUAUCCUUGGUUCUGAUGAUCGUGAUGGGGAUAUGGCACUACGUGUACAAAGAACGCUACGCGUUCGAGCUUAAAAACAAGAUUUCAAGCGAGUACGUGAGGGAUUUAGCCAAGAAUCCCGACGUGAAAAGAGUGCCAGGAAUCAUGCUUCUUUACUCCGAGCUUGUCCAGGGAAUUCCGCCAAUUUUCCCCCAUUUCGUCUCCAAUAUCCAGUCGCUCCAUUCCGUGGUGGUUUUGGUUUCAAUAAAGAAUCUUCCGAUUAGUAAAGUGGUCCCGGAGGAACGGUUUCUGUUCAGACAGUUUGAGCCCAGGGAGUACCGUGUUUUCCGUUGUGUGGUCCGUUACGGCUACAACGACAAAAUCGGAGAGCACAAGGAGUUCGAGGGGCAGUUAGUGAGUCACCUCAUGGAAUUUAUCCGGCACGAGCAUUUCGUCGCUCCCGAACAACCUUCGCCGCAUAUGAAAUCGGCCUCGUUCGACGAAACUCUACAAAACGUGUCGGGCCGGUUAUCCUCGACCUCAAUUCUGUCAAUAAACGCGGCCGGUGCGGGUUGGGAAGAAGAAGUGCAGUUUGUGCAGCACGCGAUGGAGCAAGGCGGCGUGUUCUACCUGCUGGGAGAAGCGGCGGUGGAGGCGAAACAGGACUCGUGGUUUUUCAAGAAGCUUGUGGUUAAUUAUGUCUACAGUUUCCUGCGCAAGAAUUUCAGGCAGGAAGAGAAAGUUUUUGCGAUUCCUCAGAAUCGGCUUUUGAGAGUCGGCAUGACUUACGAAAUAUGAUAAUGUUGUGUUGUCGAUGAAGUUGUUUGGUCCUCGGCUCUCUAAGAGACUUUGUUUUGUGCUUCUGUUAUAGAAACUCUGUUUUCUUAUAUUAGUUGAGUAUAAUUUGCCUGGCACUAAUGAAUUUUCAUUGAAACUUUCUGACAUUUGGUUUAAGAUGCAUUCCAUUAGAAGUUACAACU